UCUCUCUUCUUUCCCGCUAUCAUACACAAGCAACCCAGGAUGGGGACGGGAAGCUGUUCACCAACCGGUGUACUGCUGUGUUUUGUCCUUAAUCCCUCCUUUAGUCUCAUUUAAUUCAGAGUGAACAGAUAAUCCCGUAAAGGCAGUCUGACGGUAGCCUCUCGUAUCAACCCUUUACUGGUUAAAAGAACAAGCAAAGCUUCCUCCAGUACGCACGGGCAAAGGCGAUCUUGUUGUUCUGCGCACCACGACGCACAAGGAAACAUGUGUGCGCACCAGCGAUCGCCGUUUAACUUCACCACCUCCGAAAGACCCUAGAGUCAUCUUGGAUACCGCUACAGUAGCCUGCGAUAACGCACCCUGAGCGUAAACCAUACGCGCGGCAGGACGACUUGGAUUUAAACGCCAACAAGUGGAAUUGGUAAUGUGAUCUUUCACUAGGACCCUGAUCUGCGCUGAUACGUUCGGUUUGAUCAGUUCGGUUUCAUGUGACGGAAGCCGCCUCUUUUAAUAUCCCACUCAGCAACAUAUGGUCUGUGGGCGCAGGUUUGAAGCUAUCGACCCACCGCGUCUCCACAGCGCGUCCUCAGCGGGGCUGGAGCAGACAGAGCCGGAGACGCCGAGGAAUGCGGAGCCGCGAUUUUGUCUUUUCCAGCUCACCUGCGGGACUCUUCGCAGCGCACACCAAACCGACAGACUCAACCGGUGAGCCCGCGAGGCGCCAUGCUGAGGCAGAUCCUCCUCAACUCCACCGACACCCCAGACUUCGAUCUGGUGCUCAUGGCCCAGUCCUCCACGCAUGCCCCCUCCUCCCUGAACGCCUCCCACAGCGGCUCGGUGAGCGUGGCCGCUCUCCUGAGACCCACCACGGGGCGAGGGGGAGGGGGGCUUCGGGAGGGCGAGCUCCACAAACCGGACCUGAUCACCUACAUAGUCAUGUGCCUACUGCUCUUACUCUUGGUGCUGCUCAUUGUGUUCUUCAUCAACUGUCAGCUCCGGAACUCUUUCUUCGCCUCCAUGCCAUAUGAUAGGUCGCUGAGAGAGGCCAGGACCUCCUAUAAGUAGCCUAGACCACCAGUACAAAUAUCUUGGUCUCUAGUGAAACUCCCGUAAGGGUUUAAGGACUGACUUCACCUAUGAACUGCUGCUGCACGUACUGGACACAAAGUUGUUGGCUUUAUUAGCUGUCUCUGACACGCCGGAAGGUCUAAAUAUCCCGGAAUCCCCCACAAAACCUAACAUGAUUAGUCAGAGCCUCUAUCACGCCAAAUGGUGCCCACAUUUCUCUCUUCAAGGCCCCCAGCCAGCCCUAUUCCAGAGAAAUAGCACUUCGGUCCACCGGGAGCCGUUUGAGGAGAUGAGUGGUGUGUAUGGGGCUACUGCAGGUGGAGAGAUAGCAGAAUACCCCCCGAUCAGAUUAGUGACUCAUAUAUUUUCUGGUGAUUAGUGAAGGAAAUGUGAAACAAUCCACCAUUCCCUCCAACCCCGCUUGUGGCCCCCCGCACUGCACUCUGGAAACGAAUGGUUUAUUCAUUUACACUGUCCAAAGCUUGUGUUAGUGGUUGCUUAAACAUUUUACCCAGAGGUUUGGGUCCUAAUUCACAGUAGCUAUUCCACGCUGGCCCGGACAAGAUGAAGCUGUUUUUUUCCCCCCAUGGAGACGUGACUUAUGUCAACAUAGAAAGAGUCUACAGUAGUUUGUAUAUAAAAUAUUUUGUAUAUCUGUAACUUAACUGUUUUGUCUUGUGAAAUAAUGCAAUCACCAUACAAUUUCCACCCUAUUGUCCGUUGUAAAAUGGUGAUUAAAUGACAGACUGUAGGCCUAUAUACAUAUAAAGAUAUUCAAAUGUA